AUGAUUACAGAACCCCUUCCCGACCCCAUCAUCACAUUCGGACACGAUGUGACGUGCAACCUUCACAACUGCCCCGUGGAAUGGAGCAUCCUGAGCUACCAGCCCUCUCUCGCCGCCAACAUUGUCUUUGCCGCCCUAUUUGGCGCCGUCGGCCUGGUCCAUUUCUAUCUCGGCUUCCGGUGGAGGGUUUGGGGCUUCACCUUCCCCAUGCUCGUCGGCUGCGUGACUGAGAUCAUCGGAUACGUCGGAAGAAUCCUGCUUCAUUACAAUCCCUUUUCUUUCCCCGGAUUCAUGAUUCAGAUUGUCUGCCUCACCAUUGCUCCCGUCUUCUACACGGCAUCCAUCUACGUAACUCUCUCAAAAUCCAUCCUCUACCUCGCCCCGGAUCUGUCCCGCUUCAAGCCCCAGCUCUUCUACUACAUCUUCAUCCCCUUCGACAUCGUCUGCCUCGUCCUCCAGGCCGCCGGAGGCGCCAUGUCCGCCAACACCACCGGCUCCAACAAGGUCGGCGUCGACGUCUCCCAGGCCGGUCUCAGCCUGCAGGUCAUCGUCUUGGUCCUCUUCAUCCUCUCCUUCGGCGACUACAUGUUCCGCUACCUGCGAUCCGGCCGCGCCUCCAACUUUGGCUGGCGCCUCACUGCCUUCUUCACCGGCCUGACGUCGGCCACGCUGCUCAUCCUGGCCCGUUGUGCCUACCGUGUUGCCGAGCUGCGGGACGGAUACAGCGGAAAGCUCAUCAAGGAGGAGACUCCCUUUAUUGUUCUUGAGGGCGUCUUUGUGUUUUUGGCCGCGAGCAUGCUCUGCUUCGGAAACCCGGGCUUGGGAUUGAAGGAAGACGGAAUGGCACGGGUAAAGAUGGAGAAUGACAGCGAGACGGUUGUUAUGGAAACCAUUGAGCGACGGAAGUAA